UUAAUUAGAAGAAUUGCAGAAAGGGGGAGAAAAAGAGCUGUAUUCUCCAAAUCGAAUCCGGACUUACAAGCGUCUCCAGUUGACGAGUCCUUCUCCUCCAUUCUUGGAACCCUAAAACUUGCGGAAGCGGCAAACGAAAGGAUUUAUCCCAAUUAGGUAAAAGGAAGGUCUUGAUCCUUUUCCUUGCGCCUCUUCGCUCUACAUUUCUCUGGUCCCCGACUAUUCCUUCAUGUGAGAAGGGUCACUACUCUUCUCCAAAACGCAGUUGAAAACCCUGUGCUCAGUUCUGAUUCCGCUCCGCUGAACUUCUCUAUUCUCUUCUCAUGGCCACCGAAGCCACCGCCACCGCUGAUUUCCAGGGCCCAGAUUUCAGACCAGUUCCUCAGCCCCCUGGUUUGCAUCCCGAGCUUUUGGUGAAAGCCCACGACGGCCUUUAUUUCUGGCAGUUUAUGAUCGCCGGCUCCAUAGCCGGUAUGGUAGAGCACAUGGCCAUGUUUCCAGUCGAUACAAUAAAGACACACAUGCAGGCAAUUGGGUCCUGCCCAAUCAAGUCCGUAAGCAUCUCUCACGCUUUCCGUUCCAUUGUGAAGUCUGAGGGUACCGCCGGACUCUACCGCGGGAUUGCUGCAAUGGGUCUCGGGGCCGGGCCUGCCCACGCGGUUUAUUUCUCGGUCUAUGAGACGUGUAAGAAGCGGUUUUCUGGGAAUAAUCCGAACAAUUCACUAGCUCAUGCUGCUUCCGGAGUGUGUGCUACCGUUGCAAGCGACGCCGUUUUCACUCCCAUGGAUAUGGUGAAGCAGAGAUUGCAGCUGGGGAAUAACACUGUGUACAGGGGAGUUUGGGAUUGCGUGAAGAGGGUGUUUAGAGAAGAGGGUAUUGGUGCUUUCUAUGCAUCGUAUAGGACUACAGUUUUGAUGAAUGCCCCUUUCACGGCUGUACAUUUUGCCACCUACGAGGCUGCGAAGAAAGGUUUGGCAGAGAUUUCGCUGGAUAGUGGUAACGAUGAAAGCUUGAUUGUCCAUGCCACUGCUGGAGCUGUUGCUGGCGCACUAGCAGCUGUCGUCACCACUCCACUUGAUGUGGUUAAGACUCAAUUGCAAUGUCAGGGUGUUUGCGGUUGUGACAGAUUCAAGAGCGGUUCAAUAAGUGAUGUGUUCAAAACAAUUGUUAAAAAGGAUGGGUACAGAGGGCUACUGAGGGGCUGGGCUCCAAGGAUGCUUUUCCAUGCACCUGCAGCCGCAAUAUGCUGGUCUACCUACGAAGCCUCCAAAAACUUCUUCCAGGAGCUCAAUGAUAGUGGUAAUAGCAGUGGUACUAUCACCUGAACGGUGUUAUGGAGAGAAGUCAUGGAUGGAAUCAGAGUUUGAUACCUUAGGCUUCAGCAACAGAGGCUAGUCAUCCAGACAUACGUGAUUGUCCCUCAGAGGAGGCAAUUAUAGCCAGAAACAAAGUUUAUGGACCGGGUGAAAGCUCCAUGUAUCAUCAAUCUGCAUUUUCUAUUUAGCCCUGCAUAAGUUUUGACCUUUCGGGGAUGUUCUUAUCUAUCAAAGUUUGAGUUGGUAGUUGUGUUUCUUGUAAUCGUUGAUUCUCGAAGUUUGCAAGGCUUGUAUACUGGCUUUGACUGGAGCAUGUAGAACAAUAAAGAGUGCGAGGAUUUUCAGUUUGAAAUGCAGAUUUUUUCCUUUAGGAAGUUGCAAAUGCUA